AUGAGUGAAAGAAAAUAUGUCAUUCUUGUUGUGGUGGACAGGCUGAUUAAGUACAUCCACUUUAUUGCAUUACAUCAUCCUUACACAGCUGCAUCUGUUGCUAGGGAAUUCAUCUCUCAUGUGUUCAAGCUUCAUGGUCUACCUGGUUCCAUAGUUUCUGACAGAGACAAAGUUUUUACAAGUCAUUUUUGGCAGGACCUAUUCAAGGCAUUGGGGACUCAACUGCAUUUAAGCACAGCAUACCAUCCACAGACUGAUGGCCAAACUGAAAGGGCACUCUAUGGAUAUCUGCCUCCACACUUAGCUUUUCCUUCCAUUGCCACAAUAUCUGUUGCUGUUGUUGAAGACUAUAUGAAACAGAGAGCUGUUGUUCUUGAUAUUUUGAAGGAAACUCUACAUAAAACACAGGAGAGGAUGAAGUUCUUUGCUGACAAGACCAGAACUGAUAGAGUGUUUGCAGUGGGUGACAAGAAAAUUUGUGCAGCUUCUUACAAACUGCAACUACCAGCAGAAGCUAGAAUUCAUCCAGUCUUCCAUGUGUCCCAGUUGAAGCAACGCAUUGGCACCAUCCACAGUCCUUCUCCAUCUCUGCCAGUGCUGGAUACUGAUGGUUCUAUCUUAGUCAUUCCUGUUGUUGUUUUGGAUACUAGAACUAUUUCUCGAAAUGGUGCCUCUGUCCCUCAAUUGCUCAUCAGGUAG